AUGCAGUUGUCUAACAAUAUAAAUAAUCUCACAAUGCAACUGGAAUAUUCACAACAAGAAGUCGGACAGCAGAAGUUAAGAGAGAAAUCCAUUCAAGAGCAAAAUCAAAGACUCGAAACUAUGAAGAAUCAGUUACAGAAACAAACUGAUGACCUGACCAAUGAGAUAUUGUCGUUGAAGGAGAAGUUGAAUCAAAAAGACCUUGAACUGAAACAGAAACAGGAUGAUAUCGACAGUCUAAAGAAAACAAUCGAUGUAAACACCAUGGAGAGCUCAGAAGGGAAUAAGGAGUUGGUCAAGAAAUUGAAUGAAUCCCUGAAUCUAAUUGACCAGAUUGGAGAACAAACAAUGCAAGUGAAUCGAAAUAAGAUGGAGAUUCUGAAGAAACAAGCAAUCACGGAAGAGGAAAUCAAAAAGCUGAAAGCGAAAACAGCAGACCAAGAAAGAGAAUUGACGGAGUCACAUGAUGAAAAUGAGAGACUACGUGGAGAGAUGGGGAAGAUGAAAGAAAAAGAUGCGAAACAGGAAAGAAUCCUGGCUGAAAACAACAGAGAAUUGGUGAAACUCCGAGCUAUUGAAAGGGAAUAUCGAGAAUUUCAGCACCAGAUUUACUCAAACUCUCCGCCCAUCAGUACUCAGUUACCAGGAGUAAUUCCCGCGAAAGUAACUCCAGCUCCGGGAUCACCAGCCUCUUCUCUAGAACUAGACGGUCUGGGUAUGAAUGAAAUAACAGCUACGACACCGAACAGCAUAUUGAGGCAACCAGGUGCAGGAAUCAAGCGUAGAAGAGUUUCAUUUGCACCAGUUAAGUAUGAAGCUCCUGAUACUACGAUACAGGCUGAUCGAGGUGCUUCAGACGACACCGAUGAAGAAUAUGCACUCACACCUACGGGGGAGACAAGUCCAUCUUUCAUGAAUCCUUCUGGCAAUAGCGAGCUACAGACACUUGAGCAAAUAAGUGAACCUAAAAAUGUCUAUAAUCUCCAUCAACCUCCAGAGAGUUUACGAAUUAUCAUACGGAUGUAUGAUUAA